AUGGAUGUUGACGGCGCAGCUCAGGACGAGUCGGUUAGCGUUGGUCCGGGACAGUCGUCUGUGACGAGCGGUCGAGCUCAGAGUCCGUCUGCUUCCGCCUCAGGUUCCACGGCGUCACCUUCGGAUAUUCAUAUGCCUGUCGCCGAAAAUUGGUGUCAUACUCAGGUGAAAGUAAUAAAAUUUAAUUACAUGUGGACGAUUAAUAAUUUUUCAUUCUGUCGAGAAGAAAUGGGCGAAGUUUUGAAAAGUUCAACAUUUAGCGCUGGUUCUAAUGAUAAAUUAAAAUGGUGUUUAAGGAUAAAUCCUAAAGGCCUUGACGAGGAGUCAAAAGAUUACUUAUCGUUGUACCUUUUAUUAGUGCAGUGUGCGAAGAAUGAAGUGCGAGCCAAAUUUAAAUUUUCAAUUUUGAAUGCCAAACGAGAAGAGACAAAAGCUAUGGAAUCUCAGCGAGCUUAUCGAUUCGUACAAGGAAAAGAUUGGGGUUUUAAAAAAUUUAUUCGAAGGGAUUUUUUACUUGACGAAGCCAAUGGAUUACUUCCUGAUGACCGAUUGAGUAUUUUUUGUGAGGUAUCCGUAGUAGCAGAAACUGUCAAUAUAACGGGUCAAUCGAAUUUGAUGCAGUUCAGAAUUCCGCCAUGCCGUUUACCUGAUGAUAUGGCUUGUCUGUUUGAGAAGCAUAAUUUUUCUGACUGUUUGCUUGUGGCUGGUGCUCGUGAAUUCCAUGUGCAUAAAGCUAUAUUAGCAACUAGAUCACCUGUCUUUGCUGCUUGCUUCGAGCAUAAAAUGACAGAAGCGCAAUCAGAUCGAGUAAUAAUUGAUGAUGUUGACUCUGAUGUGAUGCACGAAAUGUUGAGAUAUAUGUAUACGGGUACUGCUCCAAAUUUAGAGCGGAUGGCAGACACACUUUUAGCUGCUGCAGAUAAAUAUCAGCUUGAUAGGUUAAAGGUAAUGUGCGAACAAGCUUUGUGUUUGAAUUUGACUCAUGAAAAUGCUUGUGAAACUUUAAUACUGGCCGAUCUUCAUAGCGCAGAUCAACUGAAGCAGCAGGCCAUCGAUUUUAUUAAUGUUCAUGCGAAUGAAAUUAUGGAAACGGAUGGAUGGAACUGUCUCGUCAAGGAACAUCCAUCUUUAUUAGCUGAGGUUUUUCGGGCACUUGCAACUCAGCAGACACCGCCAAUCGUCAUGAACCAUUCUCCUCGCAAACGCAAGUCAGCAUGA